AUGUUAUUGGUGAAAAGAGGCCAUGCAGAAAGACUCGUGAGCUAUUGCACCCAGCUAGCAGAUCUCGACGAUGCGUCGCUGGGAGUAUCCGCUACGCCUUGUGGUGCCACAGUGGUUUCGAAAGCCGGGUUCCAGGAACGAGACUGUAUUUGUUACACGCCCUUGACGACGGCGCAAGCAGGCACUCUGUAUCCCGCUGGGUUCGAGCUUUGGAUCGGGGUGCGCUUGCCCGGCGGUAAAGUUGACUCCGUCAACAUCGUGACUUACUCGGAGAGUCCGAUUACCUCGCAGUCAGCAACAUCAUCGGUGUGAGAUCUUGGCGAUCUGCAGCCACGUUGGGCACUGGGGCCGGGGCGUAAUGUGUGGUGAGGUCGACACUAGACUCAUCGGUGCGGAUUAUCUCGUCGGGCCUGCAGUUUCCGGUCAGGCAAGCGCGAGUAAGCUUAGUAGUAGAAGGCACGAGAUCGUAU